CCUUUGGGAUGAAGAGGUGGAAAGGGUGGGUCCUGAGAAAGCCUCUCUGGGCCGAGUGGUCUGGAAAUUCCAGAGGACGCGUGUUUUGAUGGAUAUUGUGGCCAACAUCCUGUGCAUUAUCAUGGCAGCCAUAGGGCCGACGGUUCUCAUUCACCAAAUCCUCCAACAGACUGAGAGCAUUUCUAGGAAUGUCUGGGUUGGCAUUGGCCUGUGCAUAGCCCUUUUUGCUACUGAGUUUACCAAAGUGCUCUUUUGGGCCCUUGCCUGGGCCAUAAAUUACCGCACAGCAAUCCGGUUGAAGGUGGCCGUCUCCACCCUGGUUUUUGAAAACCUGGUGUCCUUCAAGACGCUGGCACACAUCUCUGUUGGAGAGGUGCUCAAUAUACUAUCAAGUGAUAGUUAUUCCUUGUUUGAAGCUGCCUUCUUUUGUCCCUUGCCAGCCACCAUCCCGAUCCUAAUGGCUGUUUGUGCAGUGUAUGCCUUUUUCAUUCUGGGGCCCACAGCUCUCAUCGGGAUAUCUGUGUACAUCAUAUUCAUCCCCAUCCAGAUGUUUAUGGCUAAGCUCAAUUCAGCUUUUCGAAGAUCAGCAAUUUCAGUGACAGACAAGCGAGUUCAGACAAUGAAUGAGUUUCUGACUUGCAUCAAGCUGAUUAAAAUGUAUGCCUGGGAGAAAUCUUUUACCAAUACCAUUCAAGAUAUAAGGAAGAGGGAAAGGAAAUUACUGGAAAAAGCUGGAUUUGUUCAAAGUGGAAACUCAGCCCUGGCCUCCAUUGCAUCUACCAUAGCCAUUGUAUUGACAUUCACCUGCCACAUCCUCUUGAGACGCAGGCUCACCGCCCCAGUGGCAUUUAGUGUGAUUGCCAUGUUUAAUGUAAUGAAGUUUUCAAUUGCAAUCUUGCCUUUCUCGGUCAAAGCAAUGGCCGAAGCCAAUGUCUCUCUGAGGAGAAUGAAGAAAAUUCUCAUAGAUAAAAACCCCCCAUCUUACAUCACCCAACCAGAAGACCCAGAUACUGUCUUGCUUUUAGCAAAUGCCACCUUGACAUGGGAUCAAGAAACCAGCAGAAAAAGUGAUCCAAAGAAAGUGCAGAACCAGAAAAAGUGUUUUCUUAAGAAACAGAGGCUAGAGACAUACAGUGUGAGAUCAUCAGCCCAGGAAGUUGCUGGCCCAGAGGAGCAAAGUGGUAGCCCCACAUCGGUUCUGCACAAUAUAAGCUUUGUGGUGAGAAAGGGGAAGAUCUUGGGAAUAUGUGGGAAUGUUGGAAGUGGAAAGAGCUCCCUCAUUGCAGCUCUCCUAGGACAGAUGCAGUUACAGCAAGGGAUCGUGGCACUCAAUGGGACUGUGGCCUAUGUUUCCCAGCAAGCAUGGAUCUUUCAUGGAAAUGUGAGAGAAAACAUACUAUUUGGAGAAAAGUAUGAUCACCAAAGGUAUCAGCACACGGUUCGUGUCUGUGCCCUCCAGAAGGACCUGAGCAACCUUCCUUAUGGAGACCUGACUGAGUUCUUGGAGUCUUGUGACGAAGUCAUUUUGUUAGAAGAUGGAGAGAUUUGUGAAAAGGGAACCCACAAGGAGUUAAUGGAGGAGAGAGGGUGCUAUGCAAAGCUGAUUCACAACCUCCGAGGGUUGCAAUUCAAGGAUCCUGAGCACAUUUACAAUACAGCCAUGGUGGAAGCCCUUAAGGAGAGCCCCACUGAGAGAGAUGGAGAUGCUGUUUUGGAUCCAGGAGAUGGGAAAGAUGAAGAAAAAGAACCUGAAACGGACUCAGAAUUUGUAGACAUAAAAGUUCCUCUGCACCAGCUCGUCCAGACUGAAUCCCCUCAGGAAGGAACCGUGACCUGGAAAACGUAUCACACGUACAUUAAGGCUUCUGGAGGGUACCUUCUCUCUCUCUUUGUGGUGUCCCUCUUCCUCCUGAUGAUCGGUAGCUCUGUCUUCAGCAAUUGGUGGCUGGGUCUCUGGCUAGACAAGGGCUCACAGAUGACCUGUGGACCCCAGGGCAACAAGAGUGCAUGUGAGAUUGGCGCAGUCCUGGCAGACACUGGGCAGCAUGUGUACCAGUGGGUAUACGCAGGGAGUAUGGUGUCUGUACUGAUGUUUAGUAUCAUCAAAGGCUUCACCUUCACCAAGACCACACUGAUGGCAUCCUGCUCAUUACACGACCAAGUGUUUGACAAGAUCUUAAAGAGCCCAAUGAGCUUCUUUGACACGACUCCCACUGGCAGGCUAAUGAACCGUUUUUCCAAGGAUAUGGAUGAGCUGGAUGUGAGACUUCCAUUUCACGCGGAGAACUUUCUGCAGCAAUUUUUUAUGGUGCUGUUUAUUCUUGUGAUAUUGGCUGCUGUGUUUCCUGCUGUCCUUUUAGUCCUGGCUGGCCUUGCUGUUGGCUUCUUCAUUCUUUUAUGCAUUUUCCAUGGAGGAGCCCAGGAGCUCAAGAAGCUGGAGAAUAUCAGCCGGACUCCCUGGUUCUCCCAUAUCACUUCAUCCAUGCAGGGCCUGGGCAUCAUCCAUGCCUAUGACAAGAAAGAGGACUGCAUUAGCAAGUUUAAGAUGCUAAAUGAUGAAAAUUCCAGCCACCUCCUGUACUUUAACUGUGCUCUCAGGUGGUUUGCUCUAAGAAUGGAUGUCCUCAUGAACAUUGUCACCUUCAUCGUGGCCUUGUUGGUGACUCUGAGCUUCUCCUCAAUUAGUGCUUCAUCCAAAGGCUUGUCUUUGUCUUACAUCAUCCAGCUAAGCGGACUACUCCAAGUAUGUGUGCGAACAGGGACAGAGACCCAGGCCAAAUUCACCCCCGUGGAGCUGCUCAGGGAGUAUAUUUUGACCUGUGUUCCUGAAUGCACUCACCCCCUCAAAGUGGAGACUUGUCCCCAUGACUGGCCCAGGCAUGGGGAGAUAACAUUCAGAGACUAUCAGAUGAGAUACAGAGACAACACUCCCCUUGUUCUUGAUGGGCUGAACUUGAGCAUUCAAAGCGGGCAGACAGUUGGGAUUGUUGGAAGAACAGGUUCUGGAAAGUCAUCCUUGGGAAUGGCCUUGUUUCGUCUGGUGGAGCCAGCUGGCGGUACGAUUUUCAUUGAUGAGGUGGAUAUCUGCACUAUAGGUUUGGAAGACCUCAGAACCAAGCUGACUGUGAUCCCCCAGGAUCCUGUCCUGUUUGUAGGUACAGUAAGGUACAACUUGGAUCCAUUUGAGAGUCACUCAGAUGAGAUGCUCUGGCAGGUUCUGGAGAGGACAUUCAUGAGAGACACAAUAAUGAAACUCCCAGAAAAAUUACAGGCAGAAGUCACAGAAAAUGGAGAAAACUUCUCAGUAGGGGAACGUCAGCUGCUUUGUAUGGCCCGAGCACUUCUCCGUAAUUCAAAAGUAAGGAAACAGCACGGAAAAAUGGAUUGGUCAAAUUUUGGAUAUUUCCCGCAGCGCCACUCAAUCCAGGAGAUCAUUCUCCUUGAUGAAGCCACCGCCUCCAUGGACUCCAAGACUGACAGCCUUGUUCAGAGCACCAUCAAAGAUGCCUUCAAAGGCUGUACGGUAUUGACCAUCGCCCACCGCCUCAACACAGUUCUCAACUGUGACCUCGUCCUGGUCAUGGAAAAUGGGAAGGUGGUCGAGUUUGACAAGCCUGAAGUCCUUGCCGAGAAGCCAGAUUCUGCAUUUGCAAUGUUACUAGCAGCAGAAAACAAAGUCCGAUUGUAAAGGUCUCACAUCAGCUGAUUUUAGAGGAGGAGGAGGAUGCUUCAGAUGAGUUGGAUGAGCCUGCAAGAGGAGGGCCAGCUAUCUCUGCAGGCAUCAUAAUCCGUCCCACCCCUGACACACAGGCUGAGCUGGGGCGGAGGGUGGUUUCCUGCCUUACCCAACCCAUGCCUCCCAACCUCACUGGUUGGCUUGGAGCUGGUUCUGGGUGGUAAACAGAGGCAGAAGAAGCUAAUGGAUUAAAAAACUGCCCCCACCUCCUAAAACUCCAAGGUGCCCAUCAAUGAAUGUGUCCCCAUCAAUACCACCUCAGUGCCGGAGAAUGGAAACUUUCAGUGUAAGUGUAACUUUCAGUUAAAUCUAAUCAAACAGAAUGGGAAAAUGCCUAAAGAUGGAAUUUGUAAAAGGUUUCCUGCCUUCUCAUCAAAAAGGAAAAGUGCAGAGUUUUCUCCCCAUUGAACUCCUCUUCGCAUCUAUUUUGUGUGUGUGAUAAGCAGUAACUACAAGGUCUGUAGCAUGCAAGAUUGAUUACAUUGUUUGGUGAAAAAAAAUUUUUUUUAAAUCAUAUUAUAUGUUCUAUUUGCUCUAUUAGAAUAACAAGGGAAACAAAAGGUUGGAGUUUCUCUGUAAAUGACAUUUUUAUAUCUUCUAUAUUGGUCAUUAAAAUGCAAUAGGAGAUUAAACU